AUGGUUCCAAUAUGGUCAAGGCAAUUCGUGAGUGGGGGGGGUGUUGAACGUAUAUCAUGUACAGCACAUACUCUCCAAUUAUGCGUAGUUAAAGCCUUACAAAAAAUUACUCUAUAUAUAAAAAGGUUUCAAAAUUUAAGUAAAUUUUUCAAUUUGCCUAAACAAAAUGAAAGGUUAGAAGAAGCACAACGUCAAUUAGAAUACGAAAGUCUUAAUAAUAAUGAUUAUAAUUUGACUUUGGAUAAUUCAACAUCUAGCCAACCUUCACCCAAUCAAGUUUCAUCAGAUUUUACUUCAGAUCAAACAUUAUCUGAACCUACAGACGAAGAAUGGGACUUGCUUGAUCAACUAAUUGAACUUUUUAAACCAAUUGAAGAAGCGACAGAGUGGCUUAGUGAUCAAAAAUAUUGCACAUUAUCAUUAAUAUUUCCUACAAUUCAAGUAUUAAAAUAUGAUUAUAUCAUAAUUGAAGAAAAUAGUGAAGACGAAACUGAAGAAGAACCUGAGAUAGAAGAUAUUGACGAUGAUACCAAUGAUGAUACCGAUAAUGAAGUAGACAAACCUAAGAAACCAAAUAUUGUUAAAAUUAUUAAAUUGGUUAAAAAUACAAUCUAUGAUGCCCUCUUUAAAUAUUUUGAUUCUCUGCCAGAUUCUGUUUUACUUGCAAGUCUCUUAGAUCCUAGAUUCAAAAAAAUGAAAGGAUGGUUAGAAAAUGAAAAAGAAAAAGCAAUUGCUUUAUUAAAAUCAGAAUAUACUUUAUUUAUGAAUGAGAAAGAUUUAAAUAUUCAAGAAUCUAAUAAUCAUCAAAAUAAUUUUUUUGAAGAUAGAACCAUUAAUUAUAAUCGUAAUUUUAAGUCAUGUUUAUUUGACGAUGACGAGAAUGAGAUUAUUUCUGAAAAUGAAGUUGAUCAUUACCUUAAUAGAAUCCGAACACCACAAGCUAAUA